CUUCACGUCAGACUUGUAGUGGUGGAUUACUCAGAUUUAUACGUACUUUAUUUGAUGAACGACAACGUGUUUGUCUGAGAAAAAGGAAAUACGAGUGACUUGAAAUAAUAGAGGCGAUAAAAAUGCCGGCUGGUAACAAUGUUACGGGAGGUCUAGUUUUAGGCCGUCUCGAGUUUGUAGGUGGAAAAACCUACGCAGGUGGGGACAUUGGAGCUCAAGUUCCCUACACGCAUUUUGUGUUGGGGAGUUGCCGGGUCGAGGAAGGGCGCAAGAAGCCCGAUCUAGAGCGAAAGAUAGUCGCGAAGAUCAUCACCGGAGCAAAGAUGAUGGUCAUCGAAAUCCGCGAGAGGAACUGGGGACGCGUUGCCAAUGACGCGGAACGCUACUUUUAUGGCAGUGAAAUUAGCUCGGCAUCACAGAGGAAUUAAGUUUUCCCUGCGACUGCAACUGGCGUCUGUCGACAUUCCUAGAGUAGAUCAUUGGUUUAAUAAAUUUGAAUCAAUGCUACUUCGUGUUUAUUUUUUAGGUAAAAUACGAAGGACAUCAUUAGACUAGUGAAUAUUGUAACCCACGCCCACCGAGACAGUCUGUUGUACCGUUCCAGACGCGGAAAGUAGUUAGAAUGUCGAUUGAAAAAGUGGUUGCAACCUCAAGAUCAUUUCUCUGUAUGGAAAUCGGAUUAUACCAUCUUUGAUGUUGGAUGGUCUUGAUAUUUUCUCAUUGCUUUUGCUUUUCUUCUAAUAGUCGCUCCGUAUCGGCGCUUACAGGAGGUCCCCAGAGUUCGCUGCGGAGAAGCAGCGGUGGAAAUUCGAAAAGGAAAAAGAGCGCGCCGCCAACCGCGAAAAGGAAACGCAGCGAUUGCGAGAUCAGGGUGUUACUGAUCUAAUACAGUUACCUCCACCUCCUUUGCCAAACCGGAUAGAAGACCUUGAUGCGGAGAAGGAGGCCGAAAAAAAAUGGGAGAAAGAGAAUGGAUACGCAGGCAUCCGCAACGAAUACUCGACAUGCAAAGUGCUCUGUUGGCGUUUCGAUCAGGUUGCGAGUGUAACGGAUUCGGGGAACAACAACGUGCAAGUUUUGCUAUCGGGGUCGCCGCUUGUUCUCGCAUGCCAUCAUGAUCAUAUGACUGACGAUUUGAAUACCUGCUGGAUAGUUCUGGGACAAUGGAGUAAUCUAUUCGUCAGUACCCAUUAUGCAUUAAUAUUAUUCUGAUUAAUAUUUGAAGACGAGAACGAGAUCGGGUUCAUUAUUCCGAUUAUAGAUUACUCCAAGUUUUGAUAGUGUGUCACCCUUCAUAGACCACGCGCCUAGCUACAGUGCCACCGAUAUCGCAAAGGGAAAGCCAGUCUCCUCAUUGACGUCGUUUCCUGAGGUAAGCGCGACAGGUUGCGUCGGAUGUUGCCGGGAAUUGCAGAUGGUCUUCGAAUUCAAAAAGAAGAAGGGAUUCGUGGAAGCGCCUGUAUAGAUCCUAGCACUCUAUUACCUGCGUCUCGUACGUUGUGAGUAAAUUGCAGGAAGAACUUCGCUGAACAAAAUGACUACUAGUACCGCGAACAGGAGGAUGCCUAUUGUCCUUAGUUUUACUAAAAGGUUGUUCUUCUGCGCCAUGAAAUGAUAUUCAAUUUACUCACCUGUAUGUAUAAGAUCGAUUUGGUGAAAAUGAACAACUCAUACCAACCUCAGCUCUUCGCGUCGAGAUUGGGAGCGGAAGUGAAUUAUUGGCGAUGGAUGGAAGCCGAGAAGGCCUGUCUCAAACGUGAGCGUGACGACGAACGUGAAGCCGUAAAAAUUGCGAGACAAAAAAUAGAGAAGAAGGAGGCAUCUAUCCCGAAACCGGUGGCAAAGAAAUCUGGGGACACUCUUGUCACAGCCGACGAGAUUUUGAAGAAUACCGCUUGGCGCGCUACUGCCCCAACUUGUUAUGUUGUUUGUUACACUUCGACCUUUUGGAAUUGGACUAUAGAAGACCGAAGAGUAAUAUCUGUAUCACUGCGGCGAUCAUAACGAAUUCAUGAAACAUGACGCUUGAGGGUCGUACGUGCUGAUAUCAAUACUACUGAACUGAUGUUUAUAUCGUAGGCUAGGCAGCGAAAGCGACGUCCUUGUCCACCUCAACCCCUUUUCAUACCGCGGCUGUGAAGAGCAUUGAGCGGUGGAAGUUGAGUGGGGGAGAUAGCUUUGUCGGGUCGAACGCGGACUGGCAAAAGUACUAUACUUCGCGCACGCAAGCAGAAGCAAGCGAACAGAAGCUGAGCACGAAGAGAGAAAACUUUUUGAUUACGGCUUGCUAUCCAAGAUUGAUACUUCGUGAUCAGGAGCAUCGUUGGCUGUUUUUCUCACUGAGAAUCAAGCCAAGGAAUUUGCUCUGAAAAAUAAUGCGAAGGGUGUAGCUCUAAUUUAACCAGUGCGCGCAUCAGACUAGCUCGCACACUUGUGUCUUCUUCUUUCAAUGUGUCCACAGCAAAUGCGAAGAAGUCCUCGAAAAAGAGCGCGGCCACUAUAGCGUCCUCUGACGACCAACAACAACUUCCGCCCUACAAGAAGAUCACUGCUGCAGAAGCUGUUCGUAUUGCGAAUGGCUUGCAUUUUUGCUCGUACAAUGUCGAGCAAGUUGAGGAUAUCGAGAUCCGAGACGUUGCCGCUCGCAUGCGGCUCUUCUCGUCCAUCGCAGCUCCAAACGUCGUCGACCUCGAUUUGAACUUCCAUGACCGUCCACGAUUUUCUUUCACGGAAAGACAUUAUGGAUCACCUUUUUUCUGCAUGAUCGGAGGAAAGUCUAGAUGAUUGGAUUUGGACGUAGUUAGUUUUUCUGUAAGUGAAUCAUUUAUUUACUCGAACUCGAUAUACGAAAUGGAAAAUGUUGACUACUACGUCCACCAUGAUAUGUUUAUGUACACACAAGAUUGCAGCUGCAGUUCCGAAACGACGAAACAACAUCAAGAUCACAUAUCUAUAUCAGAUAAAUAGGUCCACAGAAAAGCUGAGCGAUGAUAGAUACAGCGCGAAUUUGAUGUGCCCUCUAAUCAUCCGCCUUUGUGCAAGCAAAGCGGUCAUUCGGGAGCAAUAUCAUGGACAGGAGUGUUUACGAUUACGGUGGCGGCGGCGGGUCUGGGAAGAACGUGAUACUGUAUGAUAUGGAAGCGAGGGAUAAUGAUAAUGGGGACUACAUGGGCGACAAGGAGAAACUCUGCACGCCGCUCAAAGAUUCCGUUGAGUACAAAACAUUCACUACUGAUAUCUCCUCUAUUUGCUUAGUUUGUUGAUCCCGUUUCGUUUGUUUCAAGUACUACCCAGGAUACCUCGAUCUGCAUUUAUCGACUUUCAUUUUUAAAUAAGUAUGAGAAAUCGCGGCAUCCAAAAGAAACCAGAUAUUGAAAGUUUCAUAUUGAUUUAUCCAUGUCAGAUUGCUGGAGACGAUUGUGGGUACCGGCCGAGUUAGCUCAGCGCGCAAAGCGAUUUCCUCGCUAGUGCGAGCUGCAGGUAGCGAAAGCGGCAAGGCACCACGCAUGCACUUUUUGAUUCGUGAGCUCCUUCAUUAUAAACAAAAGCUCAAAAAAGAUGAAGUCCAUUCCGAUAACGAGACCGUUUGCGAAGACAUCAAGAGUGCGAGAGCCGCCUUUCGGCCAUUAUGAACGAUGAACGUGCAUGAGAAAUGUAUUAACAUGAUUUAGUAUGACCUCAGCGCGGUAGUUGUAGUAGAUGUAGAUAAAAGGAUUGCUAAAAAGUAGCCUCAGCCUGACCAUUUACUUUUACUCUUAGCAAGUGUAGUGGACUUUAUCUAAGAAUACCUCAACAAGUACCUCCAGUUGUUGGCGCUUCUUCGAGCAGUAGUUCCUCUGCCGCGGUUCGACAAGCUCCUUCGCCACAGCGAGUGCGCUACAGCGAUGAAGAUUCCUAUUAUGACGACGAGGACGACGAUAGUGAUUAUUUGUAAGGCCUAAACUUGAUUAUACACUGGUAGUUAUUUACGAUGACAGCAGCAGCAGCAAAUACAGGACGAAUGGAUGAACAGUGAGCACGACUUGUCGUACAUCAACGUGUCAUGAUACAUUAACUGAUCAGUGACAUCUAGGCUGUAGAUAAAUUCUCUGAGUUCUUUCAUCUUCUUCUUGGAGCUAUUUUUAGUACAAAAAAAGAAUCACAAAGAUGAUAACAACGACUAUGUUGUACCCUAUUGCUAUUGUUAUUCUAUCGAGAAACACAGGGUAUCGCAGAGCUGCCAUCAUGUCCAUGACUACAAACGCAAUCAAGAUUAAAAGCAGAGCCAUAGUUUGUUGCACGAUAUAACCCGGAAUCCAUUGCAAGAAAUGUGACGCUGUACUAAGGUUUCAUCCACAAUACCGGGUGCUUUUUGCAAAUUCUAGUGUUGCCCAUAUCUGUGUGCGUCAAUCAGUGAUUGCGGUGCAGACGCAGAGUCAAC